UCAUUGUGUGGACCCGGACCGGUCGGUGGAUUCUACCGGAAGCGGCUCGUACCGGAUCAGGUCUUCUUGGUGGACUAACCGGAGCCGGUGUGGAUUACCCCGCGCGUGCACCGCGCGGACUCUGUUUUCCCGCGCAUCAGCGGACACGGAUGUGAAUUUCUUCUUCUUCGUUUUCCUGCAGGAAAGCCCGGUGACCGACUGUGUGUGUGCGCGUGCAUGCAUGCGUGCCGGGUGCUCCGCAGGUUUGGUGCGCGUGCGUGUCUCUGAAGUGUGUAUUGCUGCGCGGGGAGCGGGACGCGCGCAUCACGGGAUGAAAUAGCCGACGCCCACCAUGACCUACUGACAUCAUCAAGCCCCCCCCCCCCCUCUUCACAAUGGUCUCGACCUAUUGGUCGUCGCCGUGGCGACCGCCCCCGUGGUCAGUGCCGCUGCUCGUCCUCACUUCCUGUUUCCUGUCCGAGUCGAUCACGCCAUUCCCCAAAGACCUGGAGCCAAUCAGCGUGGUCGCCUCAGAGCAGUCCUACCAAUUUCCAGUUUUUCAAGGUCUGCUCCAGGACAAGGACACUGUGCGUCUGGGUCUGGACUUCCAGAGAUUGUUACGCAUCAACCACAUGUUGUACAUCGCAGCCCGGGAUCACGUGAGCCCGCUUCAGCUAGAACCUCACCAUCAAGGCCAGAGGACUUCAGUCUCUCGCCAUGAGUCAAAAUGA